UCCAUAAUAGGUCCCCAGGGCCGGAAAACAAUACAAAGGUACAGAUAAUAGGAACACAGAAUAGGAACAGGGAAUAAAAACAGAAUGCAUUGAUACACGGCUUCUGAUAGGUUGAAAAUCUACAAUCUAUUGCUAUUCCCUAUUCCUAUUGCCUGUACUUUUGUAUUGUGUUCCGGCCUUCUCAGAUAGAAGAGAGACAUCUGAGAGAGCCCUUCUCAGUCGACCACGAGGGCCACCAACGAGGCACGAGAUCGCUCCCGGCAGUCCCGGUUUGUCGAUGCGGAACGUUAGAUGUUCAUAAUCAUCUUUACAAAAACAUAUUAAGAAAAUGAUUGAAUGCAACAACCACUCAAACUGCGUGAUAGGAGUGGAUGUAUGUGGACCAUUUAACGAGGCUUACUUACCGAGGCGGCCGAAGAGGACGACCACGACGGCUCGCGCCGUCACGGAAGCCUCGCAGCAAGGAAGAUCCGCGGGAGGCCAAGGCACGGGACCGAGCUCGGAUCCCCGGGACCGGCGCGAGAACGCCGAUCGGUUCACCUCGCCCAGGCCCGGCUUAAAUGAAUUAAGUAGGAUGGUCUCAGUACCGGAUCAUCUCGAAUAUGUCAGUUUUGCUGCGAGAAUAGCGAGAGGGAUGGCCUCGGGACCGAAGCAUCCCGAAUAUGAAAGUUAUGCUACGAGAUUAGCCUCGUUUGACAGAUGGCCUAAAGCAAUGUCGCAAACUAAAGAGACACUAGCAACUGCUGGUUUCUAUUACACGGGCGGUCAAACAUUGUGCUAUUAUUGUGGUAGAGGAUUAAGUUGGGAGCCAGAAGAUGAUCCGUGGGUAAAGCACGCUAAGUGGUUCGCAUAUUGUCCUUACCUGAUUCUAACUAAAGGGACGGAAUUUGUAAGCAGCAUUGCCUCGAGAACGGAUAUCGGAGCAGAAAACAUAUUAUCUGCAAUUAAUAAUUUGGGUAAGCAUCCCAGAUAUGCCAGUUAUGCUACGAGAUUAGUUUCGUUCGACAGAUGGCCUAAAGCAAUGUCGCAAACUAAAGAGACACUAGCAACUGCUGGUUUCUAUUACACUGGAAGUGGCGAUCAAACAUUGUGCUAUCAGUGUGGUGGAGGAAUAAACGAUUGGGAGUCAGAAGAUGAUCCCUGGGUAGAGCACGCUAAGUGGUACGAACAUUGUCCUUAUCUGAUUUUAACUAAAGGGACGGAAUUUGUAAGCAGUAUUACCGGGAGAAUGGUUAUCGGAGCAGAAAACAUUAUCUGCAAUUAAUAAAUUGGGCGAGAAAAUUGAGAAAGAUAUUGAUGCUGAGAGUAUUGCUAGCGGAAGCUCUUGAAAUUCGAAGCUCUCUAUUCUGAAGAAACUAAUACUACAGAGGUGUAGUAAAUUAUUAAACGCAUUAUUGUCCAUAAGUGUAAAAUAUUGUAACUUCGAUCCGUAUUGAAUCUUCCUUAGUGGCAAAUUGAAGAGCAAUAUAUGUUAAUAAAAAUAUUUCUGUGUCGAAUAUUUGUGGGCUGGCUUUAAUUAGCCUUUCUAUUAUAAAUUAAUGAAGAACAUUUAGUUUAAUCAGCCUGUUUUUUUUAUCUAAUUUCUAUUGUAAUCUAUUAGACAUGCUUCGUUGUAGUUUAUACAUAUUAAUGUACCGCAAAUUAUUAAACGCAUUAUUCUUUAUAAAUGUAAAAUAUUGUAACUUUAACAUAACAAAUCUAAGCACAGGGUACAGUUGAUAAAAAUCAAUCAGUAUUGAUAAUACAAAAUUGACAAUCAAUGUAUUAUAAAAUAAAUACAAACGUAACAAAAUAAUGAAGUUUUGAUAAACUACAAAACGUA